UGGGAGCACGAUUCAAACUAGAACAGUUGGCGAGAACUGCAUCUGAGCAUUCUUAAACACGCGUCGCCUCCGCUACUCUUCUGUUUGAGAGAUCAAUAUGAGACGUGUCGGGCGGAUUAUAUUCUGUCAAAAACGUAUUACUUCAGUAUUAUUUCAGUAAACGUAUUACGUAUUGAUACGCCUUAUUUGGAAGCAUAGCUGGUGAUAAUGAGACAUUGUUCAAUUAACAAUUUGUCAAAAGAUUAUCUUUGAACGGUGAUAAAGAAAACACAGGAUUUGUCGAAAACUGGGAAUUUUUCGCGAUUUUUGAAACAACAGUUUGCGUCGCAGCCUUAAAUUCGUGGUGGAUACGUUUGGUUUUCGGGUAAUUUAAAGAUUUUUAAAUUCUGGAUAACGACUCAAAUAUUUUAGUGUUAUUGGAAUAUCAUUUAACGUCGACAGUUGUCUCGCCUAAAUAAUGGACCGCCUGUGGAUUUUAGCCUUUGUCUCAAUUGCCAUUUCGGUCAUGCAGAUGUGCGACGGUCAUUUAUCUUACGCAGGUGGUCAGCACGAGGCUGCCACUGUUCGCGUUGUGUUUGAACACUUACAAGCGCGAGCGAGGAGCCCUCGUUCGACCGCGGGUGCAAGCAGGAAUGGGUCUUCCGCAAAAAGUCUUCGCAGUCAGCGUCCCCUCAGCUCUGAAAGACUACGGUCGAAGACCCCCGAGCUAAAUACUGUGACCGAGGUGACUACUGCUGCCACUGGUAGUACCCUGGGGAACGGAGAUAGCAGGGAGCCAAGAGAUAGACAUGGUAGAUCACCCAGACAACUUCACAGGACUCUCCCGUCUCAGAGAGCUCGCAGCGUCACAAAAAAAAUCACAAGUGGGCAUCAAGAGAAUAAAUCUACAAACACAAAGCGACUUGUUGGACCACAUGUGUGUGGAGGUCAGCAGUGCUGUUCAGGAUGGGCUGUUGCACCUGGGACAAACCGUUGCAUGAAACCGGACUGCCAGCCUCCAUGUCAGAACCGGGGUUCCUGCAGCCGCCCCCACACCUGUGUGUGUCGUUCAGGAUUCCAUGGAGCCCACUGUGAGGAGGUUUCCCCCGAGCAGGUCUACAUCCGCACCGGGAUAUCCAGGGUGUUGACCCCCAUCCAGCCUGGCACUGAUUCUGGCCAGUGGCAGCCAGUUCGCAGGCGACCCACUGAGAGGCAAGCAAUUGACACCAAUACCAGAACCCAGAUCCCCCAACCUCUACCCACCAGGUUGCCCCAUUCAGCAGUGACACAGGUUAGACGUGGCUCUCCUGAGAUCUCCCCCCAGCAGACUGGAGCAUCCAGGACAGUCAAGCGCUACCCUUCCUCUACAGGGCCUAUUACUUCUAAUGCCCUGCCCAGUGGGCACGGUUGGGGGAAUGGGCAGAGUCGCGAGUAUGCACACAGCCGGCACCUGUCCCCCACGAGUGGCCAGUGGCAGGACUCCCACAGCAACGCAGUGUCUCCGUCAGGAGCCAACCUGACGGCAGGCGUGGACCGCAUAAAGAUCGUCUUUACGCCCAUGGUGUGUCGCAGGGUGUGUAAUGGGCAGCGAUGCUACAACAGCUGUGAGAAAGGAGAUAAGACCACCGUAUACAGUGAGACCCAGGGCCCCCCAGUGAAGAGUCAGGGGUUCAGACUGUUCUUUUGUCAGAUUCCCUGUAUGAAUGGAGGACGGUGUAUUGGGCAGAACGAGUGUUGGUGUCCAUCAAAUUCAACUGGGAAGUUUUGCCACCUUCCGGCUCCUACUCCAAGCAAACCCACAAACAGUAGAAAGGUCAUUAGCAAUAGAAUGCAAAAUGGAUCCUCUCAUACAAUGUACACCCUGCCUCUGUCUAACCAACAAGCCUCCAUGCUUCCCUCACUGGUGAAUGUGCAUGUCCAACAUCCUCCUGAGGCGAAGAUUCAGAUCCACCAGGUCGCACGGGUCAAACCAAGCCAAACUGUCGAUGGGGUGCACUCAGUGCAGCAGCGCUCUCAGCCUGGCAACAGCCACACCAGAGACAGUGGGAGUACCAAUGGGAUUAGCAGUGAACAGUACAACUCAAAAAACAGCAAUGCACCAAGCCUGAGACCACAUAACAGACUAAAUGGAUACGUGGGAAGGUGUUUCCAGGAAACAGUUGAUGGGCAGUGCGGGAAGCCUCUUCCAGGCCUUACCAAGCAGGACGACUGCUGCGGCAGUGUGGGAGCCUCAUGGGGUCUGAACAAGUGUACAGAGUGUCCCAGCAAGCCAGGUGAGACCCUCAAAGCCUAUGCAGUAAUUGCAAAUGGCCAAGUGGAAUGUCCUAAAGGCUACAAGAGGAUGAAUUCAACUCACUGUCAAGAUAUUAAUGAAUGUCUAAUGCCUGGUAUUUGCAAGAAUGCUGAGUGUCUAAACACUAAGGGCAGCUACAGGUGCAUGUGUAAGCCUGGAUACAUGCUGGACCCUGCCCGCAGUCACUGUGUCUCGGACAAAGCCGUGUCUGUGGAGAAGUCCAUGUGCUACCGGUCAGUCUCAGUGGGCUCCUGUAGCCUUCCACUGCCUCUGAAAAUCACCAAGCAGAUCUGCUGCUGUAGUCGGGUGGGCAAGGCCUGGGGCUCCACCUGUGAGAGGUGCCCUUUACCAGACACAGACCAUUUCAAAGAAAUCUGUCCGGCUGGCCAUGGCUAUACCUACUCACACUCAGAUGUACAGAUCACACUGCGCGAGCUGGAGGCAGAGGAACUUCAGAGAGUCGAGUCUUUCCUUUCUCAGGUCCCCACAUAUCAUCAGCCUGCUCCAACCCUCCCUGAGACCCUGCAUCACCUGCCCCCAGUACCUGUCUCUCCCAAAACCCCCUAUAUCCAGGCUCAAGUGCCAACCUGGCCACAGCUGCCUAAAUCACCCCAGCCUGGACAGCCACCUAGGACAGCUCAACUCCCUCAUCCCCCUCAGACAGUCUCACAGUACCCUGUACACAUAUUCCCAUCAUUACCUGAUUCUGUGGAAUCCUUCAGUGUGCCGAUAUUUACAGAUUCACCUCCAUCAUAUCCAGAUGUGGUGGAGAUCACGACCCGCUCUCCCACCCAACUGGAGCCAGAACCUGGGAACCAGGACACAGCACCCAUUAAUGUGGCUACUCAAAUCACUGAUAUUGACAAGUGUUCCCUGACUCCGACCAUCUGUGGUCCAGGCCAGUGCGUGUCAGUGCAGACUGGCUACACCUGCUACUGUGACCCAGGCUACAAACUCAAUGCUCUGCAGACCACCUGUAUUGAUAUAAAUGAGUGUGAAGAUGACCCAUGUGGUGGGAAGGGACACUGUGUGAACACCUUUGGCUCCUACACCUGCCAGUGUUUCUCAGGCUUUAGCCUGAUCUUGACACAGAACAGGAAGUCAUGUCAAGACAUUAAUGAGUGCGCCAUGGCCAACAAAUGUCCCAGUGGCGUCUGUAAAAACACUGAGGGGUCCUUCACAUGUGAGUGCAAGAAUGGCUUCAGCAAGAACUGGAGAGGGCAGUGUGAAGAUGUGGAUGAGUGUAGCAGCCCCAGUGUCUGUCCCAGUGGCAAAUGUGUAAACACCCAUGGCUCCUACCAGUGCCAAGCAUGUGGCGCUGGAUUUAGGCCAGCCGGUGGGAGAUGUCUGGACAUUAACGAGUGUCAGACAGUGGGUAUGUGUGCCAAUGGUCAGUGUGUGAACACAGAGGGUUCCUUCACUUGUACUUGCAACCAUGGCUACCAAACAACUCCUCACAACAACAGCUGCCAUGAUGUUAACGAGUGCCUGCUCCUUGACUCCUGCAUUCAUGGUACAUGCAUUAAUGUGCCAGGCUCCCACAGGUGCAGCUGUAAUACAGGGUACCAACCCAGCUCUGAUGCCAAAGCUUGUGAGGAUGUGGAUGAGUGUGCUGAGCCCAGCCUGUGCAGGGCAGGUGUGUGUGUUAACACUGUUGGCUCCUUCAGUUGUACUCAGUGUGAGGCUGGAUACACUCUCUCUCAGGACAGACAGAGGUGUGAAGAUAUCAAUGAGUGUCUAUCCCUGUAUAUGUGCCCAAAUGGCAUCUGUCUGAACUCAGAGGGCUCAUUUUCCUGUUACAACUGUCCCACUGGGUACAAUGUCUCAGCAGAUGGAGAACUAUGUGAAGAUAUUGAUGAAUGUGCAUCACCCACUACCUGUCCCCAGGGAAAAUGCAUUAACACAAAGGGUUCCUACACCUGCACUAUAUGUAAUACUGGAUACAGGUUAUCAGACGAUGGGAGCCAUUGUAAAGAUAUUGAUGAAUGUGAGUCUCCUGAAGUGUGCCCACUGGCUGGCUGCACAAACACUGCAGGCUCAUACUCCUGCAUGACCUGUGACUAUGGCUACAUGCUCUCCUCUGACCGAAGCACAUGUGAAGAUAUUGAUGAAUGUGAGGACAUAUCAGCAUGUCUAAAUGGAGAGUGUACAAACACAGCUGGCUCUUAUCACUGUGGCUGUCGCACAGGCUUUGAGCUUAUAGGCACUGAAUGCAAAGAUGUGAAUGAGUGCCUGUCCAUGGACAUGUGUGGAUUAGGAAACUGCCUGAACACUGAGGGCUCUUUUCUCUGCAUCUGUCCGGUGGGCUUUGCCCAAAGCCAUGCUGAAGCGGGCUGCCAGGAUGUGGAUGAGUGUGCAGAAGCAACGACAUGUUCAAAUGGGGAAUGCAUGAACACAGAAGGCUCGUACAAGUGUCUAUGUGACUCGGGGUAUAAGUUCUCUACAGACUCCAGAGACUGUGAGGAUCUAGAUGAGUGUAAGGAGUAUAGUGAUGCAUGUGGGGCAUGGAACUGUGAGAACACACUGGGUUCAUACCGUUGCUUCGUGGGCUGCCAGUCAGGCUUCUAUGGAGAGGAUAACAAAGACUGUGAUAUUAAUGAGUGUGAGGACGAGACAAUCUGUGGCAAGCAUGGCUACUGUGAGAACACAGAUGGAUCUUACCGCUGUCAGUGUGACCAAGGAUACACCAACCCCCCUGAGGGCCAAGGCUGCAUUGAUAUAAAUGAGUGUGAGAGGAGUACUGCUCUGUGUGGUGAGGCUCUGUGUGAGAAUGUGGAAGGAAGUUUCUUGUGCCUCUGCCCCAGUGAGGAUGAGGAAUUUGACCCCAUCACUAACCAGUGCAGACCCCGUUCCAUUAACUUACCAGGAAUCACAUCAGUCUCAACAGGACCUGAGCUCUCUGCUGCUCGCCCAGCUGUCUUUGAUGAGGACCAGAGAAAGGAGUGCUACUACAACCUAAACGACGCUAACCUGUGUGAAAACGUUCUUUCCCGCAAUGUCACGAAGCAGGAAUGCUGCUGUACCGUCGGGGCUGGCUGGGGAGACGAUUGUGAGAUCCACCCCUGCCCACAGAAAGGACAAGUGGAAUACGACUGGCUUUGCCCACAUGGCUCUGGCAUUCUCUCGGUAAUCUCCUCAGUCCAAGGUUUUACUCAGCUCCAGCUCCAAGAUGCAGACGAGUGUGAGAUGUUUGGCUCAGAGAUUUGUAAAAAUGGUCAUUGCUUAAACUUGUACUCCUCAUACUCCUGCUUGUGUCACGAUGGCUAUUACUAUGACAGCAUCCGUAUGGAGUGUGUUGACUAUGAUGAAUGUAAGGAGGAGAAUCUGUGUGAACAUGGAACAUGUGUGAACACAGACGGCUCCUUCAACUGUUUCUGCAGCCCUCCACUAAUCCUGGACAACACACAGCGUCGUUGCAUUUCUGUCAACAGCACAGAGGAUGUUCAUGUGGUGGAUGAUGGUGUUCACACACACACCUGCUGGAAGGAGCUGAAACACGACAGCACGUGUUCUUCUCCUAUGAUUGGUAUAUGGACCACCUACACAGAGUGCUGCUGUCUCUAUGGUGUUGCCUGGGGUUCGCACUGUGCCUUCUGCCCUGACAAAUUUACUGAGGAUUUUGCAAUGCUGUGUAACCUGCCUCAGAGGAGCUCAGACAGUCUGCGGGAAACCCCAGGCUUUGAGUAUGGUCCAGAUGCCUCUCCUGAUGGACUCUAUGUACCAACUUAUUGGAGUAACUAUGGACAUUGGGGAGGAGAUACCUAUUAUGAAGGCUCUGAAGGUCCUUUGAAUGGCCCUGACUUUACUGGACCCUCGAACAACUAUGGCUUUAAAGAGUCAGUACGAGUUCCUGUGCAGAGACCCAGAGAGAACCAGCCACCACAGAGACUGGAUCCCUACAGGAAUCAGAAUGAAGGCUUUGAGGGCCUGCGAGCAGAAGAGUGUGGCAUAUUAAAUGGCUGUGAGAAUGGCCGCUGCGUCCGUGUGCAAGAGGGCUACACCUGCGACUGCUUUGAUGGCUAUGAACUUGACCUAAGCAAGAUGGCAUGCGUUGAUAUAAAUGAAUGUGAGGAUAUCAGUGACAAAGUGGAGCUAUGCAAGAACGGAGUUUGUACCAACACAGAUGGCUCAUACAAGUGCACCUGCCUACCAGGCUUCGUAGCCUCCUCCAAGGCCGAUGAGUGCAUCCCAAAGGAGGAGCCCUCUGAGCCCAGUGUGGCAGAGAAGUGACAUGUGAUCUCUCCACCAGUGCUCUAAGAGACUGACACUAGACCUGCAUCAGUGAAGCCAAGCCAGCUGAGCUCCAUACAACAAAUAAACUGCUACACCUCCGUAGUGCUCAUUCAGACGUGUACAUAAUGAGUAGUGAUUUUUUAGAUCCUAUAUAAAAUGGUCUUUAAGCACUCAGCACUCAGAAAAUGAAUAAGUGUAAAAUCAGUUGCACAACAUUGAGCAUCGCAUGCUAAAAACUGUUAUUAUUCACAGUAUUAUUCACACCUGAUUUGUUAAUAGAGAUCAUUCCAGUUCAGGCUUGUUAGUAAAGGCUUCACUGAGGAGGUUUGGAAUUUUGUACAGAUCUAGUACUAUGUAUUAAAUUGGUUUGUUACAUAUUUUUAAUAUUGUAUUCAGUACACUCAAUAUUUUAUUUGACAAAAACGUUAAAACUACAAAAAAAUCUGAUUAACCUUGUAGAUUUACAGAUACUUGUACAAAUGUUAUUGUAACAGUCUUUUAUAUAUGAAAAAGUGGUUUACACUGUAUCAGAUAAUGUGUAUGUAUCCUGCCCUGUGGAGCAGACAAUGAAAUGUAAUAUUGACUGCACUUUUUAACAGAUGUUAUGUGGUGCCUUCAAUCCAGCAAACACAUAGCCCAGAGAUUUUCAGAAACAGAUAUGUCACAUUAUGUAUCUUACUUUAAUUACAUACAUACAUACAUACAUACAUACAUACAUACAUUAUUGCUGGCUAGACAAUCAACACAUUUAGAUCUGUUUUAAAGGUAAAAGAAAAUUUACAAACCAUUUUUAUACACAAAAUAAUCUGUCCUGUUUUUGAGCAAUACCACAGUUAGCUGUUCCACUUUGACAUUUCACCACUUGGAUUAUAGCAGAGAAUUAAGGAGGAUGACAGGGACUGAGUGGUGCAGAAAAAAUAAAGGUUUUACUGCAAAUGAUGUCAAUGUAGUGUUUAUAGGUAUUUGGUACAUCUCUACCCAACACCACCUGAUCUCACCAAUGUUGAGCCUUCCUGCUUGACAAGGAAGGCAGCCUAAAAUCAUGAGGUGGUGGGGUGCAUAGCCAGAACACAUGCCUGUAGACACUCCAGCUGUAAGUGUGAGUGAGUAUAUUACAACUUCUGCAGUCUCUGGUUUGAUGUAUUCUCUGUGCUGUCUCAAUCGCCUGUGCUUGGUAGCCUACAUGUCUUGAAGUAACUCCAACAAGAACAUUUGAUUUUUGGUCUUUUGGAAGGCAGUUUUAACCAUGAUAUGUGAGUGUGGGCAUAAGUAGGCAGUAAGACUGCCCCUUUAUUCGAAACUGGUCUAAAUAUUUUGUUCAUUCCAAUUGAUUACCUCUGAUUGUAGUUGUUUCUGGACAUUAAAGUCUGAAAUAGA